UUAGGUAUUUUUCUUUUGAUGUGUUAAUUAUUCCUUAUAAAAUUAGUAUUUAAUAAUUAAUGAAUUCAUUAUAAAACAAAUAAUUUACUGAAUCGAUGAGACUUUGUUCAUUUUUUUUAUUUACUUGGACCCAUAAGAAUGCAGUAGUGGUAAUGACGUCAUCAAUGUUGUCACGGUAUCGGGAUCUAGAAUACUCCCUCUUUUGUUUAUAGACGUUAUUUCCUUUUUCCAUCCAUUUCAACUCCUACUAUCCAAAAUUUGUUUCUACUAAUACUUGUUGCACAUAUCAUUUCAUUAAGAUUAACAUAGCAUUACAUGCUAUAUGCAGCAAAAAGUACAUUUAAUACAAAUACUAAAUUUAUGUAAGUGUAUUUUUCCCAUGCACGUCAUUACAAAACCACAGGGCAGACCUGUUUGACAAGUCAGCUGUAGUACUUUUUUUCCUUUCUAAAAACAAUUCCAACCUUCAGUUGUCUGUAUUGCAAAAUUAAGAAAACAAAAUUUCCCAUUCGGGAAUAGAAAAUGUAAUUGAAAUAGUUCUCGAUAUUUAUUUAUUUAUUGUGACGGGCGUUAUUUGUUUCCUCAGACAAAUUAUUUAAACAAGCAUAAUUUGCUAUAUGUAAGAAUCCUGUGGAAAGUGUCGAGGAAGUGGGCCGCAUUGCAAAGUCGAUAAUGACAUGUGUGUCACGAGCGGGUUUAGCCAAUGAGGAAGGCGCAUUGUGGCGUGAUCGCCCAGCGGAGACGGGUGUGUUUCUCGUCGUUUGCAAAUUUUCAGUGCUUGGAAAAGACGGUGGCUGUUGCAAUCGCUGUUGGAAUUCGGGUGUGUAACUACCACAGCAAGUGUAGAUGUUAUUGUUAUUUGUGGCCAUUUUGCCAUCGAUAACAUAAGGUUAUUUAGGCUGUGAUUUUUCUCAGUACGUACAUAGUUCGGAAUUUUGUGAAAUGUCGACUUAAAAUACCAAUUGUACUUCAUCUGGAAGGGGGGAAAAAAUUAUUUACCUAGUCUUUUGCGAUUUUCGAGAGAUAUAAAGAUGUUUUGUAGUGAAAUGAACAUGAAUGGCCAGCUGGAUGUUUUGCAAUCGGACAAAGCUGAGUUUUCGAGGAACAGCCUCAUGCACGUCGUCCUGAAGUUCGUCAAAGCUGUCAACGACAUGAACAACACGAUCCUGGUGCCCAGCAGGCUGAUAGACCUGCCUUUCGGGGAGCAGGUAGACGCUUCCAGGAAUCCCGCCAGCGCGUUGAAGCGGUCCGACGGGAGACUGGCUUCGAUGCACCUGGGAGACGUGAACCUGUACGCCCUCUACACCAUGAUCAACUGCAUGAAGAACGAGCUGAUGUGGGGACAGACGCCCUUGCUGGACGAAGCGCAGCCCGCGUCGAGCAGUUCCUCCGCGUCGUCGUCGUCGUCUUUGUCGUCGUCCUCGCGCUCCAAGGGUCACGCGCGCACGCCUUCGUCCGUGUCAGUGGCCUCCAACAACUCCACCGCCUCUAUGUCCGACGGGGACAUGUCGGAGACGGGCACCGACAGCGACCCCCGGGAGGAGCUGGCCCCCGACUACUCCCGCCUGGUCACCGAGGACUUCACCCAGCACCUGCACGGGCUGAACAACUCCCUGGAGAAGAUGACGCAAAUAGCAAAGUAUCUGACAUCACGUUACCAGGACCAUGUGGCCCACGUAGAGUGCUAAAGACACUGUAGUGUUGUUUGAACACAUUUUUGUAUUGAAACUAUCGAACCAAAGUUAUUACGGACUCCGCCGCACGACUAAUUCAUUUAAUUAUUCUUGUAUUAAAAUUAGGCUGAUUAAAUUUUUUGUUUAAUUCAAUAAGCUUGUGCUCCGUUGAGUUUAUAUAAGCAGGAAAUGAACUGAAUCUCGUAACCUCUGAUCAAAUCUGCCGAUUAUGUAACUAAAACAGGUUUCUCACUGGAGAAGGAAGUAUUUUCACCUUUUGAAUUUUUUUUUUUGUAUAGAUGUUGUGUGCUCGACAGUAUUCAAGCCAUUUGUGUGCAGUUUUGAUGUGAUAUGUCAGGUUAUUUCCCAGCAAAGUACUAGGGUUAUGGCUGGCAUACCCUUGUGUCAAAAUCUUAAGUCUUACAGUGGCUAAAAUAAAUCUGUUCUGGUUUUAUUUCUUGUAAAACAUUUUAAAAACCCUUCAAGUCAAAAAUUUUUAUAAGUUAAUUUGUUAUUUUGUUAUAAAAAUGUGCUUUUCAUUUUAUUUUAAUUUUUUACUUUCUUCUGAAUUUAAUGGCAGCCAUUAUCACUAUGUACAGGGAAUUCACACUAAUCUGACCACUUCUAAAAUCAAGCCUUGAAUAAUGCACCAUUCUGCACACGUUUUAAUAUUGUCAGUGUCUCAUUUAUUGUGUCAAGUUGGCACCAUACCUACUUGUUUUAACAGCCUGUAAAAAAUUAUGAACCUUACAUUUGACUCUCAAAAAUCUAUUUGAUUUUUGUAGUUUCCAUUAUUUUGUCACAGUUUUCAUCUUGGUUUCCUGUGGGCGAUAUAUGAAUCAAAUUCACUAGCCAACAUGAAUUUAAGUUUGGUGUUUGACAAAAUCUGAAAAAUUUGUUGCAGAAAUGGAGUGCUCAUAAUUUAUCUUAAAAGUAUUUAUAUAUUAUUCUACCUGUUAAUGAUAUUUGUGUCCCUACUAUUUUAAUAGCUCUAUCAUUUUUAGUUAGUGUUAAAAGUCUGGUUGUAACUAUUAGAAACGCCAAUUGAAACUGCUUAAUUUUGUGUAAUUGUCAUAACAGUUUGUAGGUGUUUUAAAAGGAUAAGUAGUUGUGGAAACAAAUUCAGUAACAGCUAGGUGUAAAAGUAAAUAGUGAACCACUAGUUUAAAAAAAAUAAUGCUGAAUCCAUAGUUUUCAUUAUGCUUUGCAGCGAAGUUAGAUGGGAAGUGCAAGGAAGUGGCACGUGUUUUGUCGUGCUCUGGGCGCUGGUCAUGUGUACAUCUUCCAAAAGAGAAGACUGCGUGGAUUGAGAUCCAUGCGCUAGGUUGGUGUGUGGAGUGAUGUACAAUCCUGUUAUUACUCACCACUUGUAAUAUAAAAGGUUUUUCAUUAAGUUGUAGACCACUACUCAGUAUAAAACGUAAACAUAAUAAAUAUAGAACUAAAUUAGCUAUACCAUCGUCAAAAUUUCAGUUCCUGGUUGGGCUAUAAAAAUGUUGCGGUAAUAUUCUUACAGUGUUGCUUUUCUUUGAAGUAAUAAUAAAAUUGAAAAAAAAAAUUAAAAAAUUUUUCUCAAACACUAGAGCCGUUCCUGUAUUCGCCCUGAAAACAGAGUCUUAAUAUCCCUACUGGUUUCUGAGAAAUCAUUGUUUAUAUCUUGCAUCACUAUACCUGUGCAUUGAUGUAACCGUCGAAAUUUUUUUUUUUUACAGUUUAUAUGGUAACUAUUAGGAGGCCUGUGCAGUAAUGUGGCCUCCACCACUGUGCUUUAGCACAGCAACUUUAUUCUUUGGUUCUCGUGAUAUAAGUACCUGUAUAUUUUUUUUUAUUUGUAUAUUAUUAUGGAGUGGAAAAUAAAUUGAAUUUUAAAAAUUUUUAAAAAAAAGUGGGCAUCUACUGUGCAUCCAAACCCAAGCAGCAACCCUUGAAAUGGAGGAUAUCCCCCCCCCCCCCCCCCCCCUUAAAGCAAUGCAACAAGUCACAUUCAACAAGUCGGUGCUUUGCACCUUCAUACUUCUCAAAGAAAUCCAUGUCGAGGGUUGAUGCUUGGGUUUGAAUGCACAGUAGGAACUAUUUUUUUUAUCUCUCUCAAAGCACAACACAGCAACGGCAGCUGCAGCACAAGGUAUCUAAUAUUAAUUGUAAACAGAAGUUUCUUAGAAACCAGUAAGAAUUUAGGAACACUGUUUUCAGGGUAAAUACAGGAACAUCUCUUAGUGUUUGGAAAAAGUAUUUUUCUGAUUUUUAUUACCUAUUACUUCAUGGGAAAGCUGCGCUUUAUAAGAUUAUUACCAACGUUGCUUCAAAUUUUGUGGAGUAGGGCGCCUGAAGCCGUCUUCUCUCGGGGGCUAUCCCAACGCCCCUCGGAAAGACUCCUCUCCAGUAUGUCGGGACCCUGCGUAGACCAGGGACGCCACUGGUGCUUGUAGAGACUGCCCCCGCCCAGACACGGCAGCGUGAUCGGCAAGUGACUGCAUGCCUAGCACAGAUGCUGGAAACCCGGUGAAGUAACGCGUUUAAAAACGGGCCGGCGUUAAUCUUUGAAACCAGUCCCAGGUUUUUUUAAAAUAAUUACAGCGUAUUUUGUAUUUUUAUAUGUUUGUGAUGUGAAAUGAGCAGUUUUUUUUUUUUUUUUCUGAAAUCCAUAAAAGUAACCUUUUAAGUUCUAGAUAACUUCUGGUUGUGUAUCAAAACUGUCACCAUCGCAAGAGCCUUGGUUUCUGAAGCUCUUUUAAAUUUUUUUUAAGCAUAGCAAAUGUGUGCUUAUUUCAUGGAAUAUGACUGUCUUUCUCAAAAUGGAGACUGGAGACUGAGCUGAGUUUUUUCUUCUUAGGAAACUAAAUUUUUAAAUUAAAGGUUAGAAAUUUAAUGUUAGUGUGUGUCAGCUAAUGUGAGAAUAUAUUUUUUUUUAAAUCUU